AUGGAAGAGGCCAAGAGCUCAAAGAAUGGAAAUCAUGACCCAAGGAAGUCUGUUCGUCUUGUCUGUGAGGAAGGCAAAACAGUCAAAGUCACAAUUAAUCAAAAUUAUAAACAUAGCAGAAAUGACAAAUCUGUGAAGGAUGUUGGGAGAAGUUCUCCAAGUGGGAAUAGCAGCAAAAAAAGUAAACAAAAUGAUGUUUACUCUGAAAAACAAGGAGAAAAUAAAUCAUGCAAAGUCAAUAGUUGUAAUCCUGGAACUAAAGAUAUGGGAUCAAACGUUCAGGAGCGAAGUCAUGGGAAAGUAAAAAAGUUUUCUAAUUUAUCGUCAGCAGUGGAAAACCUGAAACAGACAAAAGCCCAACCAGUGGGAGAAAACUCUCCAGGCUCCCAUGUUUCAGGGAAUGGGUUCAGUGUGGAAAGCUUAACAGCUACACAGAAAGGGAAACUGGUGUUGGAAAAUCCACUGGGAGUUCAUGCUUCGAAGGCUGGUGUUGAUCAGACUGGUGAUCCUGGUAAAAUAAAGAAUUCUGAAUCAACAAAAGAACAUCCUUUGGAAGUGGAUUAUUUAGAAAACGCUGGUGUUAUUGAUGAAUCUAAUCUGACAGUUGAACAGCAACUGGGAUUGAAACAAGCUGAGGAACGUCUGGAAAGAGAUUAUAUCUCCCGACUUGAAAAACGCUCCCCAGAAUACACCAACUGUCAGUAUCUAUGCAAACUCUGCCUAGUUCACAUUGAGAACAUCCAGGGAGCUCACAAGCAUAUUAAAGAGAAACGGCAUAAGAAAAACAUAAUGGAAAAGCAGGAAGAGAACGAGCUGCGAGCCCUGCCACCCCCCUCUGCUGCACAGUUGGCUGCUCUGAGUUUUACCCUUAUUGAGGCAGCAAAUGAACAAGGCAUAUCAGAUGAGGACUUCAGAAUCCGUCAGGAUAUUGUAAAUGAGAUGGAGAAAAUUAUUCAGCAGCCCUUGCCAGACUGUUCCCUGAGGAUGUAUGGCUCCUGCUUAACUAGAUUUGCUUUUAAGACCAGUGAUGUUAACAUUGAUAUCAAAUUCCCCCCUAAGAUGAGUCAACCAGAUGUUCUGAUACAGGUGCUUGAAAUCUUGAAGAACAGUGCUGUCUACUCUGAUGUGGAGUCAGAUUUCCACGCCAAAGUUCCCGUUGUCUUUUGCAAAGAUGUUAAAAGUGGUUUGACAUGUAAAGUGAGUGCUAGGAACGAUGUGGCUUGCCUUACAACUGACCUGCUGGCUGCACUGGGUAAACUGGAGCCUGUCCUUAUUCCCUUGGUUUUGGCUUUCCGCUACUGGGCUAGACUCUGUCACAUUGACUGUCAGGCUGAAGGUGGUAUUCCCUCGUAUUCCUUUGCCUUAAUGGUGAUAUUUUUUCUUCAACAAAGAAAACCACGAAUUCUACCAUCCUAUUUGGGCAAUUGGAUUGAAGGCUUUGAUUCAAAGAGGCCAGAUGAUCACCAGCUGAAAGGUGUAGAGGAUGAAGAGUUUGUACGAUGGGAGUACAAACCACCAACAAAUGGUGCAGCGAAAAACUCUGUUGGAGCAGAAAGUAAAGCUAAAGUUGAACAACAAAAAGGUGGUGGCAAGAAGGUACCAAGCUCAGAAGCAGACAACCAAAUUAAUGCAAAGGAGAAACAUGGAAUUUCUGUCUUAGCUUUCAAAACCCCUCACCAAGUUUCACUGGGGCAACUGUGGUUGGAACUGUUGAAGUUUUACACACUGGAAUUUGCUUUAGAGGAAUACGUCAUCAGCAUACGGGUACAGGAGCUCCUGACCAGAGAGAAUAAAAACUGGCCUAAAAGACGAAUAGCCAUUGAAGAUCCUUUUGCACUAAAGAGGAAUGUUGCACGGAGUCUAAAUAGCCAGAUGGUAUUUGAGUACAUCCUGGAGCGAUUCAGGACAGCAUAUAAAUAUUUUGCGUGUCCACAGAGUAAAGAUGGGAUUAAAUCCAAGCCAGAUACCAAGAAAAAAGAAAAAGGGAAAAUGAAUAAUAAGAAAUCUACAAGAUCUGAAGAGCCUGUAGCAAACUGUUGCCUUUCACAAGAGGAAAAUGUUGUAGAGAAAGAAAACAUAGGAAGUGGAUGUAACAUACCAGAGAAUGAAGUUGAAUGUAAUGAAGCAGUAGAAGCUGUAGCCAAAAGAUAUACUUCCCAGAACAUGGACUCUUCGCUACUUUCAACAUUGGACUCUAGUUAUGAUGAAGACAAAGAAGAAGCUUUACCCCUUAUUUCUAAUGAAUGCUGUGAACUAAAGCAAAAAUCACCCAAGGAGAGGGAGGAUUUAGAAAUUUCAGUUUGUAUAACUGAAGGUGAGCUGAGCCAUCUCUGUAACUGCAGUGAACAUCAGCCUGAUGACACAAACUCCAGUAAUGAGUUUUCUGAUGCUGAAAGUAGGCAGAGUUUGGUGAUGGAGUCGUCUCCAGAGACGAAGUGCACUGGCACACCAGCUACCUCACCCAACUGCACAGCAGUGGUGGACACUCAUGAGCUCAAAGAUGAAGGCAGACUCUCAACAGAAGAAAUGCAUUAUGUGUUUGACAAGUUCAUUUUUACUUCAGGAAAGCCACCAACCAUAGUAUGCAGCAUCUGCAAACGGGAUGGACAUUCCAAAAAUGACUGCCCAGAGGAUUUCAAGAAAAUUGAUCUAAAACCACUACCACCAAUGACAGACAGAUUUCGGGAAAUACUUGAUAUAGUGUGUAAAAGAUGUUUUGAUGAAUUAUCCCCUCCUUUAUCUGAGCAACAAAACAGAGAACAAAUUCUGGCAAGUUUGGAAAGAUUUAUUCGAAAAGAAUAUAAUGACAAAGCCAGGCUUUGCUUAUUUGGCUCUUCGAAGAAUGGGUUUGGAUUUCGGGACAGUGAUCUGGAUAUCUGCAUGACAUUGGAAGGCCAUGAAAAUGCAGAGAAAUUAAACUGUAAAGAGAUAAUAGAAGGUUUGGCAAAAGUUCUUAAGAAGCAUCCAGGUUUGAGAAACAUCUUGCCUAUAACCACAGCCAAAGUGCCUAUAGUAAAAUUUGAACACAGACGGAGUGGCUUAGAAGGAGAUAUCAGUUUAUACAAUACACUGGCACAGCAUAACACAAGGAUGCUGGCUACAUAUGCAGCUAUUGAUCCUAGAGUGCAGUAUCUGGGCUACACCAUGAAAGUUUUUGCAAAGCGCUGUGAUAUUGGAGAUGCCUCUCGUGGUAGCCUGUCCUCCUAUGCCUAUAUUCUGAUGGUUCUGUACUUCCUACAGCAGAGAAAUCCACCAGUUAUUCCAGUUCUUCAGGAGAUAUUUGAUGGAAAACAGAUUCCACAAAGAAUGGUGGAUGGAUGGAAUGCUUUUUUCUUUGAUGACAUGGAAGAACUGAAGAAGCGUCUCCCUUCUCUUGGAAAGAACACUGAAUCUCUUGGAGAGCUGUGGCUGGGGUUGCUGAGAUUCUACACUGAAGAAUUUGACUUCAAGGAGUAUGUGAUCAGCAUUCGGCAGAAGAAGCUGUUAACUACCUUUGAGAAGCAAUGGACAUCCAAGUGUAUUGCCAUCGAAGGCACGCAGCUGGUCCGGAGCAUGGUCGGGGCACAGCUGGUGGCAGUGAGCCAGCAGCAGGUGGAACGGCCCUUGCGCACUAGGCAGUCGUCAGAAUGUGUAAGUUCCAAUUAG